UCGUCCGCUGCUCCCCUCAGCAGUGUAUUUCAGACUUGUGUACAUCAAUGGCAGAAUCCUCCAGCGAUUCAGACCACUUCCGCUCUCGUGACCGACUGAAUCGAUGGACUACCAGGUCAAUAUACAGAGACUCUCGAAAUCGCCCUACGGUAAAUGUCACCGAGAAGGUCAACACUAUAACAAGUACUUUACAGGACACCAGUCGGAACCUGCGUCAAGUAGAUCAGAUGCUUGGACAGUAUCGAGAAUAUACUAACGGACAGGCGGGUACUAUAGAACAAUUAAAAGAAAGCUUGGAACAAUCAAUUGGCCAACUGCGGAGUCAACGUUUAUUGAGAAACUCAGGAGGGAGAAGUAUUUCUGUUACAAGUCUGAGUGCAAGUGACCUCGAUGGUGGCACUGUGACAGAGAGCCACCGCUUCCCACCUACCUCACCUCUCAAGGACUAUGGAGAUCAACAGGGUUUUAAACGAAUUAGGUCCAGAAGUGGUGUCCGAUUUGUUCGGGACACUGAUGACGCAGUCCAGCUUCAUGCUUUUCAUCAGUCCCUCCGAGACCUCAGCAGUGAACAAGUUCGCCUUGGAGAUGAUUUGAACCGGGAACUUGCCAGAAGAAGCCGAUCGGAUGCUGAAACAAAAAAAGCUUUGGAAGAGUUGACUGAAAAACUUAGUGAAGCCCACAAGCAAGAAGGGGUUUCAGACCGGGUGGAGCGCCGGCUUCAGGAAAUAGAGAGGGAGAUGCGCACAGAACGGGAGCUGGUGGAAAGACGUCAGGAUCAGCUGGGACUUAUUUCUUUGCAGCUACAGGAGGCAUUGAAGAAGCAAGAAGCUAAAGCAGAUGAGAAUGAGGGAGUAAUGAAAAAUAAGUUAAGACAAACUGAAACUGAGAAGAAUCAACUUGCACAAGAAUUGGAGCAUUCUCGAAGGCUAUUGAAUCAGUCAGAAGGCAGCAGAGAAACACUUUUGCAUCAGGUAGAAGAACUCCGUACACAGCUUAUGAAAGCAGGAGAUCGAAAAGGUUUACAGCAGCAUCAAGGAUCUCAGAUUUCCAAGCAACAGUCAAGCCAUCAGGAUGAACAAGGAGAUGAUUGGAGGCUUAGGAGAGGGAUUGAGCAGGACAAAGUGGAUCUGGAGAAGCAGAUGUCAGAUUUGAAAGUGCAGCUGAACUUCAGUGCAAUGGCAUCUGAGUUAGAGGAGGUGAAGCGGUGCAUGGAGCGAAAAGACAAGGAGAAGGCACACUUGGCGGCACAGAUAGAGUAUUUAACAGGUGAAUUGGAAAGCAGGGAAAAGCAGCAACUAACAAUGUUGGAUCAACUUAAGGAGAUCCAGAAUCACUUUCAGACAUGUGAGGCUAAGCAAAAGCGUGCGGACCUCCAGAUCUCAGAACUGACUCUCCAUGCUGAGGAUGCAACCAAGCAGGCGGAGCAGUACCUCCUGGAGUUCCAGCAGUCGGAGUCCCUGAGACAGGAGGCAGAGAAGAGGAGAGAAGAGCUGAAACUGAAGGCUCAAGAGUCCAUUAGGCAGUGGAAGCUUAAGUAUAAGAAGUUAGAGCGAGAAUUGGACAAACAAUCUGAAACACUUGAUCAACUGACAGACAAGAAUAACCAGAUACUAAAAGAAAAGGAUGAAAUGAAAAGCCAGCUUUAUGCAGCAUUGCAACAGAUAGAUAACCUGCGAAAGGAAUUGAAUGAUAUCCUGACCAAGCGUGCCCUUCAAGAGGAGGAACUUCUCUCUAAAGAGAAGAAACUAAGUGAGGUUAAGGCUCAUCAAGCUGAUCUUGAAGUAGAAGUCAAGGAUUCUGUGGACACCAUCCACAGGUUAGAAAUGGAGUUGAAAAAGCAGAGUAAGAUGCAAAAUCAGAUGAAGGAUGAGAAGACUCACCUGGAAGAGGAAAUUGCAGAGUUAAAGAAGAGCCAGGCCAAAGACAAAGCUCAGCUACUUGAGAUGCAAGAGUCUGUCAAGGACUUGAGUGCCAUUCGAGCAGAUCUUGCUAGUAAAUUGGCAGAGGAACAGAGAGCUAGAAAAGAGGUGCUUAAGAACCUUUCUGACCUCAAGGCACAGGCAAUUUCCAAAGAUGAAGAAACAGCUACAAUCAUCGCACAGUUAAAGCUAGAACGAGAUGUUCACCAGAGGGAGCUGGAAGAUCUCACAUCAUCAUUGCAGAAUGUGAAAAUUAAGCAUGAACAGAAUAUCCAGGAGCUGAUGAAGCACUUCAAAAAAGAAAAGAGUGAGGCUGAGGAUCAUAUUAAGACACUGAAGGCAGAAAACUUGGAAGAUAAGAAUCUGGCUAAGGCUCAUUUUUGUCAACUAGAGAAGUUGAAAUCACAGUGUGACAGGCUGACAGAGGAAUUAUCCCAGAAUGAAAAUGAGAACAAAAAACUGAAGCUAAAAUAUCAGUGUUUGAAGGACCAACUGGAAGAAAAGGAAAAACAUAUAAGCAAUGAGGAAGAGCACUUAAGGAGGAUGGAAGAGGCCAGAUUGCAGCUCAAAGAUCAACUUCUUUGCCUGGAGACAGAACAGGAAUCCAUUCUUGGUGUGAUAGGAAAGGAAAUUGAUGCAGCUUGUAAAAUCUUCUCCAGGGAUUCAAUGGAGAGAUUUAAAGUUUUUUCAUCAGGUCCUGAUAUUAAUUAUGACCCACAUCGUUGGUUAGCAGAAAGCAAGACUAAACUUCAGUGGCUCUGUGAGGAACUGAAAGAGAGAGAAAACAGAGAGAAAAGCCUACGGCACCAGCUGAUGCUGUGCAGGCAGCAACUCAGGAAUAUGACCGAACACAAGGAAUCUGAACUCCAGUGUCUCUUUGAACAGAUAGAAAGGCAGGAGCAACUUCUGGAAGAAAUACAUCGGGAGAAGAGAGUGGUGAUGUUAGCUUUGUAUUGCCAUGGUAAGAGUAUCGGCUCUGUGUUAAGACUGUGUAAGAGAGCAAAGCUUGUGGAGUAUGGAGAAGGGCGAUAUGGAGGACAAAUUUUGCUUACAGUGAUACAAAUGGAACUCCUAGAUCUGCAUAGACUUUACCCAGGUGAAGGAACAGAAUAUGGAAAUGGGUAG